AUGAGUGAUUCUGAAGAUGAUGAUCAACAGAAGACUACCAAAUACGUUUGUGACUCUUCGGGAUCCAGUUACGAAGAGGAAGAUGCUCCUGAACAGAAGCAGGAUGAAAUUGAUAUAUCAACGACCGAAAAAAUGAUAACACAACCGUUGCCUCGGAGAAAGAGGUUUAUACCAAAAUAUGAUGUUGAAGGUGUACACAAACUUGUUCUUAGAGAAGAAACACAAAUGCAAAUAGAAAUGGUAGUAGGAACUCAUGUUAAUGCUCAGUAUCCUUGGAAAAAUAUUAGUAAAGCUAAGAUCAUGGAGAAUAUUGAAAUGGGUGGUGAACUCUCAGAAUUUUUUUCACUUAGAGAUUAUAUAGAAAAGCACACAGAUGAUUUUGUAUUGAUGGGUUACAUUGUGGAUGAAUCAAACGACAUCGAUGAAUUUUAUGUAUGCUGCACCACUGAGGCAAGAGAUCAUUGUAAGCAACAAUCUGAUAGGUUUAUAAGAAGACAAGAGAAAAAAUUAGAAAAGGCAGUACAGAAGAAACCAAGGCCUUGGAAAAGUCUAGGAAGUGAAGUUGAAAUAAAAGAAUUAGUACCUAUUAAUACAAGACCGUUAUUGGAAAUAGAAAUUAAAACCAAGUUUCCAAAAUAUUAUGAACCUAGUAAAUUCAGUGUAAGAGAUACCAAUUCUAUUCGGGACGGUUAUAUAGAACUUGCUCCGUACAGGCAAAAAUUUAAUAAUGUUUUUCGACGUAGAGUUGAUUGCGCAUCUCAAGCAGCUCCACCUACGAUUCAAAGUUAUGCUCAAACUGAGUUACGUUAUCCUCAUAAUAUUUGGACCCAAUCAAUUGCUGAUGUCAUGGGUCAGGUUGAUGAAACAGAAGCUGGAGGAGACGCAGGUCAAGAUAAACCGCAAGAUAAAAUAAAAGAAGAAAAAAGUUCUGACGAAGAAGAAGAAGGAGAGAUAGAACCUCCUGACGAGGUAGGUUUACAGACAUUUAAAAAUGCUUUAAAACGUAUGCGCCGACCAUCUUACAUCAAAAAAGUUAAUGAAUUUAUGAGCAAAAAACAAACUGAGAUGGACUCCAUUGUAGAAUUGAACACAGUCAUGGAUAUUUAUUGUAACGAUUACCCUAAUUUAGUAGUAGAAAAAACUGUAGAUGUUUAUGAUACGAUGACUUUUGAAGAAUAUGUUUGUUUUACAGAUGUAAGAGCUAAAGAUAAGUACAUUUCAUGUGCUGUUUUUCACCCGAUGUGGUCUGGAAUCGUAGCUAUAACAUAUUCUGAUGAUUCUCCGUCUGUUAUGAAAAGCUUAAAUAGCCGUCCCGAUCCGAUUCAAAGAGCUGUAUAUGGAAUAAAUCCCGUUUUAAUAUGGAGUCAUAUUGACAGCCUGUUACCGAAACUGUACUUAGAAUCUCCAAGGGAAGUUAUAACAUUGUCGUUUUGUCCUUUUGAUGAGAACAUUUUAGUGGGUGGAUGCAUUAAUGGACAAAUUAUAAUUUGGGACUUAACCAAUAAAUUGGAAAAUGUUGAAAAAAUAGAAGUUCUUAGCGAAACAAGAGAAAAGUAUAGAAUUGCUAUGAAUGCUCAUAUGGGGUGGAUGAAGAACGUUCAGGAUAAUGCUGUAGUACAAUCAACAGUCCUAAGUAAUUUAAUGACUAGUCAUUAUGGGCCUGUCACUGCUAUUAAUUGGCUAUCUCCUAAUUUUAGCGUCACUGCUACUGGAAGGGCUAUAAUGAGUGAAAAGAAAAAAUCUGUUAUGUUUUUUACCGGUGCUGAAGAUGGUAUAAUUUUGAUUUGGAGUUUAUCUGUUGAAAACGUUACACUCUUUGAGGGUAAGAAAGUUAAGAAAUCCAAAAGGGUGUUGAAAAGACCGUCUGGUUUGUUGGUCGAUGUUUCACCUUUAAAAGUGCUGGACCGUAAUUUGCAGCCCUGUUACAAGAUUUUACUAGGCCAAGCCGGCCACCCACAAACUUUACCACUACAAAGUUUUGGGAUGAAUAUACCUGUAAUAAAGUACAAAUACGUUCCAAGGGAUACAGGGACAGGACGAAAAUACUUCGAAUGUGAAAUUUUGUCUCAAGGUGAAUCUGAAAUAAAUACGAUUCUUUAUUGUGGAUCACAGCACGGUGAAUUAGCUAAAAUUACAUGGGAAGGACACGAAUUUAAUACCGGCGAAGUUGUGAACUCAGAGUACUGCGAUAUAAAAUUCAAUUGUUUUAUUCAUGAUGGUAUUAUUACAAGAUCUCAAAAAAAUCCAUUUAUUAAUCAAAUAACUUUAACAGUAGGUGGCAAAAUUUUUGCUAUUUGGUCGGACAAACUACAAAAACGACCACUCAUUUGGAAAAAACGACCUUAUCGUUUGACGGAUGGAACUUGGUCAUUAUACAAACCAAGCAUUUUAUUUAUUACGAGUUCUGAAGGAGAUUUAGAAACUUGGGAUUUACUUCUUAGAAGUGACCAACCAAUAGCUGUUCAAACAUUAUCUGGUAACAUGCUUACUAGUGUUAGCUUACAUACUCUUCCCUUAGCUAAAAACAUUAUAGGGGUAAGCGAUGUAAAUGGUUCGUUUAGAAUGUUUUUGUACCCUCCAAUAUUUAUGAUUGAAAAUCCAGCCUACAUAGGACGAAUGGAAAGUAUGCUUAUAAGAGAACUCAAAGUGAUGCAAACAUUUAUAGCUUGGCAAGAUGAUUGGAUGAAAAAUAAUCCUGAAAUAUUACUCGAAAUAAAAAGAAAAGAAGGGGAAUUAUUGGCAUUAAAAGAAGAAGAAAAACGUAAGCAAAGAGAAGAGGAAGAAAGAAAAUUAGAAGAAGAAGCAGAAGCGCGACGACAACAAAAAAUGAAAAUAGUUGGACCAGAAGAAAGAUGGCAACAAAUUAUACAAAAAUUAAUAGAAAAAACGAUUGCUGUUAAAAAACGAAUAAACCGAGCUGAAUUAAUUGAACAUGAAAAACCACUAAGAGAGCUCGAAGCACAACGCUUAGAAAAAGAAAGGAGAAUGCUCGAAAUUAUGAAAAACCAAAAAACAAUUUUCAAUGAUACAGUAGCAAUACUAUUCCCAGAAGCAAUCAAAAAGGAAGCUAAAGUAAAAAAAAGUUAUCUAGUACUUGAUAAGAUAGGUCUAAAGAAAAGUUAUUUAGAAGAAUACGAAGAAUUGAAGAACUCAUCUAGUAAAACUGUUCGCGAUCAACCGUUCAAAAUUGCGUUUUCUUGGGAAAACACUUUAGCUGAGGGAAAAGAGAGGAGACAAGCGUUGAACGCUCACGAAGAAUUUAUUAAAAUACACAAAACAAGAGUGGUAGAAGAAAGAUAUGAGUCAAAGAAUGAUUUUUCAAUAUCUCGUGAGCGUGAGAGUGUGACAGAGGGCGAAGAGAUUUCUGAAAACAGUAAAGGUGAAAUCGAGUAA